CAUCUUGGAGCGCAACCGCUGCGUUCCCCCGCCGCGCGCCGCACGCCAGUCGCUCGCUGCCUGCCCGCUCGUGUGUACGAUCUAUGUUCGAAGCCCGACAACAAAAAUCGUUGCAUUCCAUCGCCAUGCAGUUCGAAUACGACCCUGAACGACUCAUAGAAGAAGUCAGAAAGCGUCCUGGCAUAUGGAACUAUGAUGAUGCGGAGUAUCGAGCGAAAAAUAUAAGGUACAAACUAUGGAACGAAGUUGUCACCGAACUGCUGCAGACGGAUAUCAAGGUUUCUAAAAGUGAAAUGAGAGAACUUGAAAUCCAACUGCAAAAGAAAUGGAAAAGCAUAAGGGACUGCUUCCAGAAGUACAUAUCAAAUCCAAAUAGGACAAAGAAACCUUACAUUUACUGUAAACAUUUACAAUUCCUGUUAAAAGACCAGGAACUGCCUCGCAAAGAAGACGAAGGUACCAGCGAUUCCAGCGAAUCUAAGCCAAUCAAACAGAAGAGAGUAUGGAGGUCUAAGAAGAAACUGAAAUUAGUGAAGGAUGAGGAAAGCUCAGAAGAAGAUAACGAUAAUACUUUCGAUGACACUCUUGAUGACUCUAGAGAAUAUUCUAUGGAUGCACCAGAAACCAGCCGGCCAGCAAAGCAGGCUAAACUGAACAAAUCCGAGGUAGAUGAGUUUGCUUUUGCGAACGUUGAUGCACAUAUAAAAUCAGACUCGGAUGAUUCUGAUAAAAUGUUUCUGCUGUCACUUCUUCCUCAUUUAAAGACAAUACCAGAAGAGUUCAGACUGAAUGUAAAAAUGGAACUGAUGCAGGUUCUACGAACCGCUAAUUACAAUACCGUGCGAGAGCAUAAAAUGAUGUAAAAGAAAUUAUAUUUAGAAAUGAUUUUCCACUAAGUAAAGAAAAGACUAUUGUUAAGUUACUUUCCAAAUAUUUUAUAUUAAAGUUUGUGAUGAAA